AACGGUAAAACGAAAGUGAAAGUGGAAAAUGUAGAACAUUUGUUACAAUUUUAGUAUCUUUUAACAUUUGUAAACAUAUCUUUACUAUGAAUUUUUUUGAAACUUUCUAGAAGAUACCGUUUCAUCUUAACUUUCUUUGAUGUCUGAGCAGCCUGUCAUAUUCCUUACGCAUGGAGCUGGACCAUGUUUUUAUCUGGAUGCCAGUAAAGAAAAGUGGUGCAAAGGGAUUGACAAACACUCAAAUUGUGCAAAGUUCUUUAAAGAUUUAACGAAGAAUGCAAAUUUAAAGAAACCACCAAAGGCAAUAAUAGUGUUGAGUGCCCACUGGGAUGAGAAUAUAUGUACAGUACAAAUGAAUAGUAAACCAGAGCUUUAUUAUGAUUACAGUGGGUUUCCGCCAGAAGCUUACAAACUUAAUUGGGAUGUUCCCGGAGCUCUCACUGAAGCUAAAAAUUUAAAAGUUUUACUGGAAUCAAAAGGAAUUCAGUGUGAGGAAAAUAAAAAACGAGGCUUAGAUCAUGGUGUCUUUGUUCCAUUGAAAUUGGCUUUCCCAAAGGCAGACGUCCCAGUUUUUCAGGUGUCAUUGCUGAGCAGUAUGAAAAUAGAAGAAAACAUGAAAAUAGGAGAGGCUUUAUCAGAAUUAAGUAAAGAUGGAAUUCUCAUUGUUGGAAGUGGUUCUGCUACUCAUGCUGGUCUGUUCGAUAAUAAACCAGCUGACUGGGCUCUUCAGUUUCAGAAAUGGAUCCAAGAUGUUGUCACAAAUCCAGAUUACACACCAGAACAGAGAAAAGCCAAACUUUUAGCAAGUGAAUCCCAGUCUUUUCUCAGAUCUGCACAUCCAAGAAUAGACCAUUUUUUACCUAUACCAAUGUCUUGUGCGGCAGCAGGGUAUAAAGCAGGGAAGAUACUUUAUUCUGAAUUUAAAGGGAGCAUGUUGAUGGAACAUUACUUAUUUUGAUAUUGAAAUAAAACAAAAUAAAAGGAAUUUAGCAAAAUUUUCUGUUCUGACUAAGGUAUAACAACAUCUGAAUCAAUCAUCAUGAUCAUGAUCAUUUGAGUCCAUUUUUAAACACUUGUUUAAUGUGAUUAUAAACUUCACUAUGUUAUUCCAUCACUAAUAAUUGAUUGAAAAUACUAUGAUAGAUAAUCAUAUUGUAAAUUAGAUCUCCACACUUGCAUCCUUUUAUGCUUGGUUGCUGUGGUGGGACUAUAAAAAAGGAGCCAUUGCAGAGAUCUGAUUUUUAAUAAGAUUGGAUAACUAGACUGCAAUUGAUACAUCUCCAAACCAAGUAACAGGACUGUUAUGAAAACAUAACUAGAAACCUGUUAUGAAGGUCAAUAAAGCAUUUUUUUCUUCAAAUUACAUGAGCUUAAUGGUAAUUUUCCUAUUGAAACAAGUUUACAGUAUCAAAAUAUUUAAUUCUGAAAUUAACUUUAAGUAAGUUAAUGAAUCAUGAAAAGAAGUUAACUUUGACUUUAACAUGUUUGGAUGCCGACAUGUGACGUCAGUGCUUAAAUAAAAGUGUAUAUGAUUCUACAUCUUACGGUCUGUCAAACUUAAACUUAUACUAAGUCAAAUUUACUUGUAGAAGUAAAUUUGUAAGAUUUUAAUUUUCAUUUCAAGAUGAGAAUAAUCUCCCCUUAAUCUUCUCCAAAAAUUUACCCUUAUUAAAAUUCAUUGUAUUGAUUCAUCCUUUCACGUAGUCUUGAACUCAGCUCAACUAAGCAAAGAGACAAAUUUUGCCUACAUACCCCUUUAUAUGAUUUAUAUAGACGUUCCUUUACUUUGUAUUACGUGGCCAAAUGGUCUUAGUGGGCCAUCUACAGUGAGCACUAGCCUGUCAACUCUGAGGUCAUAUUUCAGCUCUGAGGUCAUAAGUCAACUCUGAGGUCAUAAGUUAAAAUACUACUAGUGGCGAGGAGGAGUGUUAAACUCUGAUCAGGCGAUCAAAAUUGACAAGGUUUUCUAGUUUUCAAGUAGUAGGAAUCCUCAACCAAUAAAAAUUUCCGGCAUGAUCAUGAUAUAGCCAAUGCCGCUGAAAGUGGUUUUUAACACUAACAAAUAAACUGUGUUCUCAAGAUAUAAAGUUAACUUUAGUGUUUACUUGAAUCACUUGAAUCAAAGGUUGUCAAGAAGUUGAUAAUCUUCCCUCUUACCCUAAAUGCAUCAAACAAUUUAAAACAAAUUACUGUAAAUUCAGAAAUUAUUGCGUGCAUUUAUUAUUGCGACUUUGUCAUUUUAGACUAAAAUGCGAUUUAAAUUUUUUGCGAUAUUGAGAAAAAUCGUGUUUAAUUCAAUUAAUAAAAAAAAAUUUCAAAAUGCGAGUUUAAAUUUUUGCGAUUAUAACCCUGUCGCAUUUUUCGCAUUAAUAAAAACAUCGCAAUAAUUUCUGAAUUUACAGUAAACAUCUUAAAUUAUUACCUGAAAUAUGAACACUGAAAUGUAGAGCUCAAAUGGGAAGACAUUUGGUGGGUUAUAUUACAUCCCAACCAGUAUGAAUUAUAGGUCAUUUUAAUCUACUGACGAAGGUCGGUUGUUUUUCUCUGGGCACUCCGGCUUCCUCCACCAAUAAAAACUGGCCACCACGAAAUAGCCUAAAAGCGGUGCUUAAAAGUGGUGUUAAAACACAAAAAAAAAAAAAAAACACCAAAAGAAAAUCUACUUUCGACAUGGGGAGUCAGAGAGCAUGAUUUACAAGAGAAAUGAGCAUGUAAAACAAAAUUUAGCAUUUUUUUAUUUAGUCUUCUUCAUUGAUAAUAAACUAUUUACUCUUAUUUACUUUUACUUUUAUAUUCUUAUCCAUCAGUAUAUAGUCCUAAGGGCAUCAUUAUCCAACUUUACUAUUUGCUGUCAUGUUGGUAUUUUUUUAUACUAUAUUUAUUAUAUGAUGAACAUGUAUUAUGUUUUACAUUUAUGUGAUGUUAUGAUAUUUUAUCUUUUCUAUUGUUUUAUUGUCAGAUAUAUAUUAAGGAGUUACUGUUAAUAAAAUAAAUAAAAUGCAAAUGCA